ACCCAGCCAUGACCGUCUUCGCCCGCAUUGCAAGCUAUUACAUGAGCGGAACCGCCAGCAACCAGAUCAUGGUGCUGUUGAGCUUCCAGCAAUCUAGCUAUGACAACCCCCUCAUCGUCGACGUUGCAUAGGAGCAUUAUUGCGGAAGGGCAAAUAUUGCUACGGAUCAAACACCCCAGGGAAACGGAGCAGACCGGGUUUGAGUGUGAGACUCCAACUGUUGGCACCAUGACACUGCUCGCGGAGCCGUAUCCUCUUCGUACGGAUCCGCAAAUGUCAAUUCGGCGUCCAAACAUUGGUUCCAGUAUCACAUCGCUUUGUCCGCUCUUCUCCACUCACAGCCGUACCGUACCAAAGACAGAGGAAUGCUAUGCUUCCAGACUUCGUCCUCAGAUACAUUCUGGACGUGUUUGCUGUGGUUGCGAUCUUCUAGGGCCAAUGCAAAACAUAGCAGACACCUUUAAUUACCAACUGAUAUCGGCGAUACACUCUAGUCAUGGCGGACCUUUUCCUUGCUCAGCCAUAGCAUCGGCUACCAGGAAGCUGGUGCGAUCUAGUAGAACGCCAUCAUGUAUCUGAAAGACAUAGAUGAGGAGGCUGUCAGCUUCACAAGUGCGCUAUGCGCACGGUCAAGUAGCCACUGGUCUUGGAUACCAAGCUGCACAAGUGCACUUUCAUGACUGCUGGGCCACAGCGGGGAUUAUAAAUGUCUGAGCCUCGCCUUCCCAUUUAACUACUUUCGUCAACCGCUUUCACCAAACUCUCAAACAUUGCGCUAAAGGUAUGAUAAUAGUCAUCCGCACUGUCCGUCAAGAAGAUCCAAUC